AUGGAAGACAUCUUGUCGCACUUUUUAAGAGACAUAGGGAGUGCUGCCAUUCAAAAUGAUAGGAACCAGCUUUCGCACCUACUCUGCAUAGACCCAGCUCAGAACAAGUACGUGGUGAGCCUUAACGAAGCUGCUGGUCAACAACUUGCCAACAUUACAGAUCAACAGCUUAAUAACUUAAUAGAUGGCCAGCAUUACUUCAACGACGAGUGGCUAGCGUUCAAUGAGUUGGUGAUAUCUUUCAUUAAGCUCAGUAGAGAUCUCAAUCCAUGGUCUGUAUUGGAAUCCUACGACUUGUACACCACCUACUUAAAUGACCUUUCCAUUGCAUUUAACAAUAAUAAUCGAGGGCAUUUCUUGACAAGAUUAGUCCAUUCGACGAUCACUGUUAUCCUUCCACUUACGGUGAAGUUGGAUUUCCAGUUAUACUACAAAGAGGAUUGCCUACAACCAAGGUUGGCAUACUUGGCAUCUGUUUUGCUUAAGACGUUUAACAAUAUCAGGUCGCAGCUGACCCAGGGUAAUGAUAAGAAGCUCAUAAUUCUAUUCAUUGGCUACAAACUUUGCUACAUUUACUUCAAGUUGGAUAACCCAUUACUUUGCCAAAACAUAUUUUCCAAUAUGAAUAACGCCAGUUUGGUUUUCAGCUCUUUUAGCAUGAACGAACAAGUGCAAUACAGAUAUUACUUAGCAAGAUUCUACUUGAUCAAAAAUCAACUUGCUGAUGCAUUUUUACAUUUUAGUUGGUGCCUUAAUGUUGUUCCCGCUCAGUGUAAACAGGCUACAGUGAUUUUGAAGUACUUGAUACCAGUUGCCAUAUUAAUGGGUAAAAGGCCAAAUUUCUCGUACAUCCAAAACUACUACUAUAAUCACAACCAGGGACAACUCGCACCCCAAUUCUUAAUAACCUACCACAGCCUCUACCAAUGCAUAAGACUUGGAGAUUAUUCCAGGUUCACCAGCCUCAUCUCGCAACCAGACAUAUUUAAUUCCCUUAAGAAGGAUAAUUUACUCAUAUUAAUCGGACAAAAAUCCCUCAUAAUAUUGAUCAGGAACUUGAUUAAACGUGUUUGGAUUAUGUUGGAUAAACCUCUCAGACUCAAUUACGAAGUAGUCAAGAUCGCUUUAAGAACUACAACCGCUGCAUCCGGUGCUUCUGGCUUGAAUAUGUUUACGUUGCUCACACAACCAAUACAAGACAUAACAGUUGAAAAUGUUCUCAUAACACUAGUGGAUCAAAAUUUACUCAAGGGGAAGCUAUUUCUGAACCAAAGAGCAAUUGCAUUGGCUAAAGUGAACGUCUUCCCUCCUAUUGAUUCGAUUUAUUUUGUGAGAUUUGGUAAUGGACAAGAAGGAAAAUUAGGUCAUAAUGAUAAGUGGAUGAACUCAUAG